AUGGCGGAGCAGCAGGAGUCUGCGCGACUCCCCACAAGCGACGUUGUACCAGCGGUUCAGAAGGUGCGCGACGAUUACAUGAAGUACGUCUCCGAUGUCUUCACGGAUGAGCUGGUCGAGCUGUAUGAGCUUGACGGAAGCAACGACGCUGUGAAGCAGCUGACAGCGUGCCUCGAAUGCGGCGUCGCUGUGUAUGGCCACCCUAUUGCUGUGGACGACCCGAGCCUCAGGUAG